AUGAACUCCACAGGUCGGCCGCCCACCGGCCACUUCAGCAUCCUGUACUUCGCAGGUGCAAGCUCCUACACCGCGAAGGACCAGGAGGCUCUUCCCGCCCCUCUUCCUCUCGGUCGCCUCUUUGAUACCCUCGAGGAGAGGUACAGUGGGAUCAAGUCCAAGAUUCUUGAUUCGUGCCUGGUCACAAUCAACCUUGAUUACGUAGAUUUACCUAAACCCGGAGAGGAUGGUGCCAUGAUUAAGGAGGGUGAUGAGGUGGCCAUCAUCCCGCCGGUCAGCUCGGGAUGA